CGAUCCGUGAAAGUAGAAAAUCAUCGCUCGGACUGCCACCACGUAUAGGAACCAACGUUAAAUGCAAUGAGUUUAUUCGGGAGUCUAGCUCCAGGACCCGUGAGCUCUUUUAGGGGGUGUGACGGCGCUGAUGGCACUGCUGGCCUCCGAACGCUAGGAGACGCUGUAAUCUACGUGGGGGCUUCUUGGGAACUGGGAGUUCACUGCGCAAGCGCACUGAAGGCUUUUUUUUUUUUUUUUCCUUUUCUUUCGUUGGCACGUGUAAGGCUUUCCAGCAAAGUUUUGGAGGAAAAUGCCCAAAUUCAAGGCGGCUCGCGGAGCUGCGGGUCAAGAAAAACAUGCGCCCCUGGCUGAGCAGAUCCUGGCUGGGGACGCGGUGCGGGCAGGAGCCCGGGAAAAGCGGCGGGGUCGUGGGACCAGAGAAGAGGAAGAGUAUGUGGGGCCCCGGCUGACUCGACGGAUUUUGCAGCAAGCACGGCAGCAGCAGGAGGAACUCGAGGCGGAGCAUGGGACUGGGGACAAGCCCGCAGCGCCACGCGAGCGCACCACGCGGCUGGGUCCAGGAGUCCCGCAGGAUGGAUCAGAUGAUGAGGAUGAGGAGUGGCCCACCCUGGAGAAGGCUGCCACAAUGACGGGGGCGGGCCAUCAUGCGGAGGUGGUCGUGGACCCUGAGGAUGAGCGUGCCAUUGAGAUGUUCAUGAACAAGAACCCUCCUGCCAGGCGUACCCUGGCUGACAUCAUCAUGGAGAAGCUGACUGAGAAGCAGACGGAAGUUGAGACGGUUAUGUCAGAGGUGUCAGGCUUUCCCAUGCCGCAGCUGGACCCCCGGGUUCUGGAGGUCUACAGGGGGGUCCGGGAGGUGUUGUCCAAGUACCGCAGUGGGAAGCUGCCCAAGGCCUUCAAGAUCAUCCCUGCGCUCUCCAACUGGGAGCAGAUCCUCUACAUCACGGAGCCCGAGGCCUGGACUGCAGCCGCCAUGUACCAAGCCACAAGGAUUUUCGCCUCUAACCUCAAGGAACGCAUGGCUCAGCGCUUCUACAACCUUGUCCUGCUCCCCCGGGUACGAGACGACAUCGCUGAGUACAAACGACUCAACUUCCACCUCUACAUGGCACUCAAGAAGGCCCUGUUCAAGCCUGGAGCCUGGUUUAAAGGGAUCCUGAUCCCACUGUGCGAGUCUGGCACCUGUACCCUGCGGGAAGCCAUCAUCGUGGGUAGCAUCAUCACCAAAUGUUCCAUCCCUGUGUUGCACUCCAGCGCAGCCAUGCUGAAAAUUGCCGAGAUGGAAUACAGUGGUGCUAACAGCAUCUUCCUGCGACUGUUGCUGGAUAAGAAGUAUGCGCUGCCGUACCGCGUGCUGGACGCCCUGGUCUUCCACUUUCUGGGCUUCCGGACAGAGAGGCGCGAACUGCCUGUGCUCUGGCACCAGUGCCUCCUGACUUUGGUCCAGCGCUACAAGGCAGACCUGGCCACGGAUCAGAAAGAGGCCCUCUUGGAACUGCUCCGGCUGCAGCCCCAUCCACAGCUGUCCCCCGAGAUCAGGCGUGAGCUUCAGAGCGCAGUCCCCCGAGAUGUGGAAGAUGUGCCUGUCACCAUGGAGUGAGGAAAGUGAUUUGCCCUGGUCUGAGGGGCAUGAGGGGACACCAGGAUUCCCUGUUGGUGACACGGAGCUUUUACAGCUGAAGUCAGGACAGUGAGAGAGGUCACAGGCAUCUGUGACUCCCGAUACCUGACAGGGAGGACUGGAGGGUCUGGCUGGCUCCCUCUUCCAUUCCAGGUCUUCGUCCCUACUCAGUUCUGAGACCUGACUUGAGGUGCCCCACACCAGCGUUCCCACUCCCUGGCUGGGGCUUGGAAUAGGUUCUUUAUCUCAGGCUGUUGUGUCACGUCACUGGGAUGUGGGAAAAAAACCAAAGGCAGGUAUUUAUUGAACUUCUGUGUUUUGAUGUGAUCAGUGGAGAUCUUUUUGCUUUCUCUCUUAGGUGGAGAGUUCUUCCCUGUUCCUAUCUAGGAGUGGAUUCUUAACAGUUUACAGAGAUACUCCCCCCCCCCACCUCCUUAUUCUGUAAAUUUGUGUCUCCAGGUAGAGCCUUCAUAGAGGCAGAGGCUACUUUGGGGGAAUGCCAGCGACCAGGAGGUUGUUCAGAAGAUGGUCCUGUCUCAGCUGUGUGUGGACUGCUACAGGAGAAAGUCCCUAGAGAAAACUGGAGCUACAGAGAAUAAGAAGGUCAGGCCCCGGAAUGAGUAGAUCCGGAGUCACCACUAGACAGGUUCCCUAACUUUCUUGGCUACUUAAAGCUUUAGACCAGGGGUUGGCAAACUAGAAUCAUAUGCUGGUUUUCUUAUGGCCCAUGAGCUAAUCGUGAUUUUUACAUUUUUUAAAUGGCUGGGGGAAAAAUUAAUAGUAUUUUGUGAUAGGUGAAAAUUAUACGAAAUUGAUUUCAGUGUCAUAAGUGUUAGGACAUAGCCAUCCCUAUCCAUUUGUAUUUUUAUGGCUGGGCUGCUUUCAUGCUACAGCAGCAGAGUUGAGUAAGGUUGGACCUUGAAGAGUAUGGGGGUUAGGGGCGCUAGCCCCCUCAUGUAGCCAAAAAUCUGUGUAUAAAACUUUUGACUCCACAAACAACUACCAAUAUAGUGUUGACUGGAAGCCUUACUGAUAAUAUAGUCAGUUCACACAUUGUGUAAGUUACGUAUCACACAUACAGUAUUCCUGUUUAUCAUUACCGUAAGUGUAUACAUCUAUUGAAAAAAAUCUGCGUAUAAGUGGACCUGCCCAGUUCGAACUAUGUUGUUCAAGGGCCAGCUGUACAAUCCUUCUAGAAUCCUUUUUGUUUGCUUUUGAUGAAUUCAUUCCAACCCAGUUUAUAUAUUUGGGGAGAAACUGAUCACGAAUUUCACAUU